GCAAGCGUCGUGAAAAAAGCCACAAAAAUAAAUGCAGACAAGACAGGCAUUUCGAAAACUUUUGCAAGAAAUCAAGCUGAAAAGUAGUCCCGACGCUCCAAGAUGAAUGGAGGCAACAUGCUAUAUGUCGGCGACGAAAUUGGAGCCUUAGUUUUCGAUCCAGGGCACCAUUCGUUGCGUGUGGGCUACGCGCAAGAGGAUUCGCCGAAGGCUGAGAUACCCUCUGUUGUCGGCAUUGGAGCAUCCCAAACUCCGGAUACGAAUCUUGAUCCAGAUACCAAAACUGACAACAAUGUGACGCCCAACAGCCCACUCGUCGUAUUCCGAGUCCUGUUCCGGCUGCGCUGCUUUACUAUACAGAAAAGGAUACUUGGUUAUCAGCUCCAGCAGACGUAAAUCGUUCAGAACUAUCAUCGAAUUGCAAUUUGUGUUGGAUAUAUUUAUUUCCAUUGGGCUGACUGAGGAGUCUCUACCGCUUUCGCUGUCCAUUGCUGUGCCAGCUUCGGUACCCAUUUCGUUUUUCGGAUCAGCCAUUAUUCGGCGACGCGACGGAUUUGAUCUUCAAAAUUUUUUGUUGUCCCCGAAUUUUAUAAACAUAUGAAUAUAUCGAUACCUGUUUUUUUAUGAUAAUAUAUUUGUAGGUGGUAGUUUUUCGACUGGCGAAAAAAUGUUG